AUGGCGCGCUUUCAGAUGAGCAACUUGGUUGGCGACCCGUUUGCGUUGGCGACCGUUUCGAUAGCGAUACUUGCCUGGAUUAUUACCGUUGUGUCCUGCAUCAUCGCCCAGACCAAAGAAGCCAUUCCAAACUUCUUCUGGUGGUCUGUUGCGUACCAGUUCUGUAUCGUGGUUGGAAUUACGGCUGUGAUGGGGUCGAAUACCGGUCACGUCUACAGCACCGCGAUUGUUGGAUACGCUGCUGCUGGCCUGGUCUGCACCACCUUCACCAUUGACGGACUGGUCACUAGCAAAGAAGGCGCCAGACAAUCUGGCGGUGCCGGUCUUAUCCUCCUUGCCAUGACAGACAUCGUCUGGAUCUUCUACUUUGGCUCAACCCCUCAGUCGCGGCCAAGAACCUACAUCGACUCCUUCGCCCCUCACAAGGAACAGCCAAGCUACCGAAGCAGCAAGCCAAUCUCACACAGCUACACUCCUCGUCCCGAAACCACAGUCUCAUCCGCUCACCAGCCACACCUCUACUCAUCCGCCCCAUUGAGCGGCUUCGAAUCCUCGCCCAUGGCCGGCUACAACGCCACGACCGCCAGCUCAACAGGUAUCCAGCCCAUGGUCGGCCUGCAGACGAACGCGAGCACGGUAGGCGGCGACACGGCUGAGAUUGGCCAGCCAACAGAGUACCCUUACCGUGCAAAGGCGAUCUAUUCGUACGAAGCCAACCCAGACGAUGCGAACGAGAUCAGUUUCACCAAACAUGAGAUCCUGGAGGUGUCUGACGUCAGCGGCCGAUGGUGGCAGGCGAAGAAGUCCACCGGCGAAACAGGAAUCGCACCAUCAAAUUACCUCAUUCUACUCUAA